CCAGGUAACGUCGUCAGAUGGUUGGCAAUUGGCCUGAAACAUUCGAGAUCCGGCACAGCAGCAAAACCCCGUGCCUGAAGUUCAAUUAUAGCAACAAACUGUCUUCAUGUCGUAUCUUACCGUGUGUGCUUCUGUACUUCACUAAUAUCACAUGUGUUAACAACCUGGAAGUUGCACCGCGGUUUCUGUUCUUUUUCUUCCCCCUUUUCUCCCUUGCCCCUUACGGUUCAGACGAUGCCCCCACAGAGCCGCGUCCAAACACGACGCCCUUACCGCACGCUACUUGCCGCCUUCGUGGCGUGGAAGCUCUUCCUGUUCGCGAUCGCCCUGGGAAGUAGCAUCAUAGGCGAUGCGUACGACACUUCGGCACGACUGGUCGUGCAGGGGCCGGCCGGCAGCGACGGCGCGGGUGCUGGCCAGCUGACGGGUCUUGGGCCACGGUUGAUCGGCCGGUUUACUAGCUGGGACGCCAUCUACUUUGUGAGCAUUGCGCGCCGGGGAUACCGGUUCGAGCAGGAGUGGGCGUUUGGGGGGGGCUUGCCGGUCGUGGUGGGGAGUAUCCUGAAAGGCCUUCGGCAUCUCGGGUGUGUUGUCUCAUCCGCUCCCGAUGGAGGAGCAAUCCCGGAAGCCGUGGCGGGCAUCUUCGUCGCCAACACGGCCCACCUGCUCUCGGCCCUGGUACUCUACCGGCUCGGCCAGGUGGUCUGGCGUGACCAGACGCUAUCUUUGGUUGCUGCCCUGCUGCACAUCAUCUCCCCCGCCGGUCUAUUCCUGUCCGCGCCUUACACCGAGAGCUCAUUUGCGCUGCUCGCCUUCUCUGGGUACCUCCUCUUCGCCUUAGGCUGCCGGGCCGAGCAGAGGCCGGCACGUCGCGAUCUCUACACCGUCCUGGCCGGAGUCAUCUUUGGUCUCGCCACGGCCUUCCGGAGCAAUGGCAUCCUGAACGGAAUUCCGUUCGCCUGGGAAGUGCUGCGGAACUUGCCGGAUCUGCCUCGGCGGCCCCUCGACACGGUGCGUCGGCUGUUCGCGCUUGGCAUUGGUGGAGUUUGCGUUGCUGUUGGCUCGCUCGGCCCGCAGGCGGUCGCCUAUCUGCGCUUCUGCUCCGGCACAUCCGGAGCCCAACUCAGGCCGUGGUGUCAGGGAUACGUGCCAAGCAUUUUCGCCUUUGUCCAGCAGCACUAUUGGAACAACGGAUUCCUCCGGUACUGGACCGUGUCCAACUUGCCACUGUUCCUCCUCGCCGCGCCGAUGCUAGUAGUCCUGUCCAAAUCCGGGGUGGAGGAACUGACGAUGGGUCGGCGACUUCCUGUCGCCGACAACCCGGCUGAGUCGGGUCGCCUGUUGUCUCUUAUCCGGACCGCCGCCGCGGCCCAAGUGCUGUUGACGGUGCUCGCGCUGACCACGUACCACGUGCAGAUCAUCACGAGGAUCUCCUCUGGGUAUCCGUUGUGGUACUUUUGGCUUGCCCGGUGCCUCAGCCGCGGCGAGAAGACGGGCAGUCACGUUGUCAUGUUCAUGGUGAUGUACGCCUCGAUCCAGUGUGUGUUGUUCGCUUCAUUUCUACCGCCGGCAUAGCCGCAGGCUAGGUAUCUUGCCAGAACAACUACUAGUACCGCUGGUCCAGGAUUUAAGCUCACAAAUUCCAUGACCUUGCUUUUGCACUGUUGUCCAACCGCUG